CCGAGGAGAGGCGAGCAGAGGCAGCAGCAGCAGCAUGACGGGCCGCGAGGAGAUCGCGGAGGGGAAAGCCAAGGGGAAAGCGCUGGCGCCCAGCGGAGGCGGCGGCGGCCCCGAGAAGGCGCGCUUGGGGAGCCCGUCGGGCGGCAGCCUGCGCUCCAAGGGCUUCGCCAUCACCGACCUGCUGGGCUUGGAGGCGGAGCUGCAGCCGCCCGCCACCUCCUCCGUGACCGGCUCGGGCUGCGAAGGCGGCGGAGGGGCAGCGGGACUGGCAGGAGGCGGCUCCGGCCCCUUGCCCAUGGGCUUGGGCUUCCUGUGCGGCUUCGCCACGCAGCAGCCGGCCGGGGCGCAUUGCCUCCUGCCGGCGCACCUGCCCUUUCUGCAAGCGCGCCCGGAGCACCAUCACCACUCGCACCACCACCCGAGCCACCACCCGCACCAAUACGGCCCCGGAGCCGAAAAGCACAAGGAGAACAUCUCCGAUGAAGACAGUUUGUCGGGGGACAAGAACAACCUCAAGGCAUCCGAUUCUCAGAUCAAGAGAAAGAAACGGCGGCACAGGACUGUGUUUACUGCCCAUCAGCUGGAGGAAUUGGAAAAGGCUUUCAAUGAAGCCCACUACCCGGAUGUGUAUGCCAGAGAAAUGUUAGCCAUGAAAACAGAGCUCCCUGAGGAUAGGAUACAGGUUUGGUUUCAAAACCGAAGAGCCAAGUGGCGAAAGCGUGAGAAGUGCUGGGGCCGCAGCAGCGUGAUGGCAGAAUAUGGUCUCUAUGGUGCUAUGGUGAGACACUCCAUCCCACUACCUGAAUCAAUCAUCAACUCUGCCAAAAGUGGGCUUGUGGGCUCCUGUGCCCCCUGGCUGCUCGGAAUGCAUAAAAAAUCAAUGGAUGUUACAACUAAGCCCGAAAGCGAGGAAAAGGGGAACAGUGACUGGAAAUCUCAACGCCCUGAAGAGGAAUUAAAAAUUAAGCAGGUAGAGCAGGAAAGAAGCUCCACUGACAAAUUUACCUCAAUGGACAAUUCUGAUGACAUUGCAAUGGAUCUCUCCAGCACAGCAAAGCAUGAGAAAAAGCACGACACUUUGAGACAGUGUCUCAGUGGAGGCCCCCAGCCCAAAAUGAAGGACAGUGAGCACUAAGAAUCAGAAAUAGAAAAUAAAUAAAUAAAUGAAGAAACCUCUUCAAUGCUAUGGGAAAAUAUAUUUAUUAAUGUUUAAUUAAUAUUUAUUAGUAUUUUUCAGCUAACUAAUGCAACAUUUUACAUAAAAGCGGGACCUUUUUUAGAUGGUGCCCAUCCAAAAUAUAAAAUUUAUUUUUUCAACAUUAAAGUUGUUUAUACGUAAACAAUAUAAAUUGGGGUUACUGACUUUUUUCCUUUAAAAUGUCUCACUAAGUCACCUUUGAUUAGCAGCUCCAGAAAAACGACCAGGGCAUCCUCAUUCUAUAACAUGGGAGAGAUUAACCUGUGGCCCUCUGGAUGCUGGACUACAACUCCCAUCAUCCCUGAUGAUUGGCCAAGCUGGCUGAGGCCAAUGGGAGUUGUGGACCAAAAGCAACUGGUUAGCCGCACCUGCUAUAGUAGAAAAAGAAACGGAAGGCACUCCAUCUAAGCUAAUCCAAGGUGUGGUAUUGACAAAAAUGCUUUGGGUGUUGUUUUCAGAAGUGAUAAACCUUAGGGAAACUUUAUUUUAGAUUACAUGCUACUAUAGGACAGGAAUGGUUAUUUUCUAUAUUUCGGGUGACAUUACAAAGACUAGGGAGGGGAGGGGCACAACAAACCAGCCUUGACAAGCAAUGCCUAGCGAUUUAAGGGCUUAACAUGUAUCGAAGACAUGAUGUUGGAAUGUGUAUGGAGAACCAUGGUUUCUUUUCCUUACAAGUGAAACUGUCAGCAAAAAGCUUUUGUGCACAUCUUGAGUCCUACAGGGGGUAGACUAUCUGUUGACCUUUCACUCUUUAGUAAACAAGGUAUACUUAUACCAAACUCUGAAGGCCACCAGAAUCUGUUCUGACAGCAUCCCCUUUAAUUUCACCAGAAUUCACUCCACCACCACAUGCUGAAUUGAAUCCUCUUGCCCAGAUAAGAGUUCUGUGGAACACAUGCGCUGUUUUCUUUUGUGUCAGAGAAUGCUGUGUACAGCUCUAGAAAACGAGAAUCUCAGUCUAUAACAAACACUGUGCUGAACAAAUUCUCUUUGCACACAAAGACUAUUUCCUGACCCUGAAGAAAACUGCACAAAGCUGUGUAUCAACCCUCUUUGUUUAGAAGAUGCUACAUCAGGGUACCUGUGUUUACAAUAUGCAGUAGGUCCAACUGAUGCAGGGAAACAGUACCUGGGAACUGAUGCAGGGAAAUGGUACCUGGAAACACUGUGGACUAUCUCCUUGUUCUUGACUCAAUGAUUUCACCUUGAGCUGCAGCAAAUUCUACUUGAUAAGGAAUCUGUCCCUUUUACCAUGAUUUGAGCAUAAUAAAUGGAAUUACACUGUGCAUUUGUACAAAUUUGUAUUUGGGAAAACAUAUGCAAUAACUCUACAUUUUUGAAUGUUAUUUGACAUGCUAUGCAUAGAAUUCACACUUGUAUUAAAAUAUCAAGCCAUAGAACCCAGAAAUAAAAAAUCCUAUUUUGUAAAAUGCCAUAGGAAAAAUAUUUUGUAAUUAUGUCUGUAAAAGUGUUAAUGUUUGAUAUUUUUUCCUUUGUCUUUUUAUAUUUGUCUGAAAGCACUUUAGAUACCUCCAUUUUCUGAAUGUUCCCCUACUUGUUUUGUUUGCCUCUUAUUUAUUAUUAUGCAUUCACAAAUAAAGUUCUGUGUUUGUUUGUGGCUUUUGAA